UAUGGUCCAUAAAAGUGGCCAUUUUUUUUUGAAAAAAAAAGUGGGAAGGGAAAAAUAGAUGUCAAAUAUUUCAAGGCUACAGUGUGAUGAUUCCAUUUUUUUCCAAAGCAACGUGAUAACGUUUUCAACAAAUAAAAUAAAUAACAUAGUAGUGUCCGGGACUAGAGGUUACAAUCCAAUUCGAUGUGUUGUGUUCGUUUCGCCGACUGUAAACAUUCAAAAGUUUGGGGAACCAAGUAAGAAAGGAAGAUGGGAUAUUAUUGCACGGUCCCGCAAUGCACGUCGCUCGCCGGCAAGACGAAAAACGUGAAAUUUCAUCGGUUUCCUCGUGACGUGACUAUGGCAGACAAAUGGAACUUGAUUCUGAAGCGAGGCAAGCCGUAUACGAAGUAUUCAAAAGUUUGCAGUCUACAUUUCACCCAGGCUGAUUAUAACGUCACAACUAUGGGUAAGAAUAAAGGGCAAUGGAAGACGUUAAGCAAAGAUGCCGUGCCCUCCCAGAACUUGCCAAAGCUGAACCCUGACGGCACAGUCAUGGUUAUCAGGAAGAGUCGCACUGUCAAAUACAGGGAAGGAAAGAAGGAUGAUAUUCAUGGAGAGAAGACAGACAAAUGGCCAAUGAACCUUGGACCCCACAGUGUGCUGCAGACCACAACCGACCCACACAUGGUCUGUGACCCACAGGACAAUAAUCUCUCAUACCGCUACCCCACAUUAAACACAAUGAAUCUAUCCCCUCAAAUAACAAACCCCCAUCCCUCUAUGAAGCCGAAGAAACAGGAUGCAUUCAUGCAAACCGAUCCAGUGCAGUCAGAAGAUGACGACUCACAACCGAACAACAGUUACAGCGAAGUAUCAGAGAAAUAUCCAGAAAUCGACUAUCAAACCUACCAAAAAGAACAGGCAUACGACAAAAAAUAUGAAGCUAAAGACUACACGAACAAACCAGACGAUUACAUCCCGCAAACAAACGAGGAAUAUAAUAAAGAAGCUGAGAAAUACGCUUUAGAAAGAAAAUCUCUAAACGGAUACGAGAAACCAGUUGAUUUUCCGAAGCAAGUCGACGGUUAUCCGAAAUUGGACGCGUAUCCGAGCUUCGAGAAACCGUUUCGUCCCGAUUACGGGUUCCAAAAUUAUCAGGAUAGUGUGGAGAUUCUGAGGAAUCAACAGCAUAAUUUGCAAAUGCUUCAAGAGCAACACAGGAUCAAUGAAAACCAGAAUUUCUUUAACGAAAGUCAUAUAAAGCAAGAGAUUGACAUUAAUGUGGAUGAUGACAAAUUCGCUUAUGAAAGGAGUAAGGAACAACUUGACGCAGACAUGUAUACUUCAAGGAGACUGGAGCAGCAGCGCGCCAUCCUAGAACAGAUACAGCACCAGGUCAAACAGGAGCCAGACACUCCUAAUGGAUGUGAGAACGUGAUGCAGCCACAGGGCAGUCCGUACUACCCGACCAACAACCACAACAACGUCACGGGCGGUUACUACGAGCAGGUACCCCGGCCGGGUCCGGAGAUGCUCAUCGCCAAACAGAACGCACUCGCCGCGCACACGCAGCUAUGGCAAAACACAAUGAAGCGGCCAUUCUUCUACAGUGAAAGUCCGCACUACAACACCACGCCGAUCCUACACAGAUACGAGGACAUCCCAAGAAUACUUCAGUGAUGAAACAUUCCAAAGUUUCGCAGAAAAAACCUAAAAUUAAUGAAGAAAUAAAAAAGGUAUAUUGUAUAAAAAACAAAAUAAUUCUCUUCGCGACGAUAAUCUCUAUAUCGUUUUAUUUUUUAAAUAAUAAAUAAUAGUUAAUAAUUAAUUAUUACCUAUUAAUAAUAAUAUAUUUUUUAUUAUUAUUUUUAAAUAAAUUAUAAGUUUUAUUUCUUUUUAGCGCGCGGUCCCUUUGUAGUUGAAUAUUAUAAAUUAUAAAUAAAUAGAUCGUAUAUUUAUUUUUGUUAUUUUUUAUUCUUAUUAUUAUUUUUUAUUUUUAUUUUAUAUUUGUAAGGGACCAAACGUUAAAUUACUAUGCUACUUGUGAUAUAUAUGUUUGUUAUUAGUAUUAAAUGGGAGUAUAUUUUAGAUUUUUCGUUUUUAUAUAAGAAAUAUAUUAAAAUUUUUGAUUUCGUGAAAGAAUAAAAUAGUAGACAUUUUUUACUCAGGACUAGUUAGUUUUAAAAGGAAUAGGGAUGAUGAUGGGGUAUGGAAAUUAAAAAUCUAUUUAGUCCGUCAGUUAGGUAAUGGAAAAAUAUUACGUACAUACAUAACUUCACGCCUGUCUCCCAUGGGGGUAGGCAGAGACACUGAACAGGAAUUUUGGGAAUUCUCAUGUUUUUUUUUUUUACUAGAACCUAUAACCCAUUGUCACAAUGUCACUUGUAUCUCUUUGUUAAAAAAUUUCGUGUAUAAUCUAUACUAGCGACCCGCCUCAGCUUCGCAUGGGUGCAAUGGUGAUAUAUUACGCAUGUAUUGUACAUAUAAACCUUCCUCUUGAAUCACUCUAUCUAUUAAAAAAUCCGCAUCAAAAUCCGUUGCGUAGUUUUAAAGAUUUAAGCGUACAAAGGGACAUAGGGACAGAGAAAGUGACUUUGUUUUAUACUA